CACGCGACUGCCAUGCUACGUGACACCGCGCACGCGCAGUGCAGCCGUUUCCGAGCAAAGCUUCUCCCCACAUAAUCGUACCAGUGGAGCGACAUGGCCAGCUUCUGGAGCAGAAGUUCGGCUCUUUCAGGUCUAGCCUGGUCAUUAAAAUGCCUUUUUGUUGUGCUGCUGUCCUGGCGGGUCCAGGCUGGCCGGCUGUACUCGAAGGAAGAUCCGUUGACCAUUUUGUCGAGCGAUACUUUGAAGGAAACGCUGCUCAACUCGUCCACCGCUUGGCUGGUGCAGUUUUACUCGUCGUGGUGCGGCCACUGCAUCCAGUACUCGACGACCUGGAAAGCGCUGGCUGGCGAUAUAAAAGACUGGGAGCAGGCCAUAAGAAUAGGAGUGCUGGACUGUGCUGAUGAAAAGAACUUUGAUAUUUGUAAAGAGUUUGGCAUUCACUUCUACCCGACCUUCAGGUAUUUCAAAGCACGUAGCAGCACUUUUGAUAUCGGAAAAGCCUACAAGGGGCCAGACAGGGAACUGCAAACUGUGAGGCAGCUGAUGGUGAAUUUCCUCCAGAACCACACGCCGGAGGUCUGGCCUCCACAGUGCCCCCCUCUGGAGCCCUCCAGGUCGGCUGAAAUCCUCUCUCUCGUGGGGCAGAAAGCUGACCACUACACUGCCGUCAUCAUAGAGGAAGAAGAUUCUUACAUUGGCAGAGAGGUGAUGCUGGACCUGAUGAUGUAUGGGGGUAUGACUGUGAAGAGAACCUUGAAUUUGGAUAAAGCCUUUCUGGACAGGCUGGGUGUUAGCUCAGUCCCAGCUGUGUAUCUGCUGUACCCCAAUGGAUCACAUGUACUCAUGGACGUGAAGAAGAGUCAGCGCUUUUUCUUCUCCUCAUACCUCAAGCUCCUCCCUGGGGUGCACAGGAAGCGGGGUUCUUCUGCCCAGAGGGUUGUGGUGUCUGGAAGCAAAGGACAGAAGCCUGCAGAGAUAUGGAAGGACUUUGACAAGUCUAAAGUGUACAUGGUAGACAUGGAAUCAGGUUUGCAUUACUUGUUGAGAGUCGAGCUGGCCAGCCACCAGACCCUCACUGGAGACGAGCUGAAGACCUUCAAAGAUUUUGUAACGGUGGUUGCCAAGCUUUUUCCUGGUCGCCAGUCCGUGGUGAAGCUGCUGGAGACUCUGCUGGAGUGGCUGGUUAGUUUGCCCCUUGAGAAGAUUCCUUAUGACGCCAUCCUAGAUCUGGUCAACAACAAGAUGAGAAUCGCUGGGAUGUUCCUGAGUGAGCAGCUGCAGUGGGUCGGUUGCCAGGGCAGCCAGUCGGAGCUAAGGGGGUAUCCGUGUUCCUUGUGGACUCUCUUCCACACUCUGACUGUACAGGCAGCCCUUCGGCCUGAUGCUUUGGCCAACACUGGCCUUGAGGAGGACCCCUUGGCGGUGUUGCAGACGAUGCGUAGGUACAUCCGGACCUUCUUCGGCUGCCGGGAGUGUGGCGAGCACUUCGAGGAGAUGGCCAAGGAGUCUCUUCAGCAGGUCAAGACCCUGGAUGAGGCCAUACUUUGGCUGUGGAGAAAACACAAUCAGGUCAACAACAGACUGGCAGGUACCUUGAGUGAAGACCCGCACUCCCCUAAGAGUCAGUGGCCCACCCCAGACCUCUGCCCGGCCUGCCACGAGGAACAGAAGGGCCUUCACGUCUGGAACGAGGAACGCGUCCUGGACUUCUUAAAGCAACACUAUGGAGCCUCUAACAUUUCCCCACAGUACGCCAUGGGCUACGCCGGUCUGGAGCCACUGGCGGGCCAGAGCGGGAAGGCAGACGAGCGGCGGCGGCCGCCUGACCAGACGGACGCCCCCGUCCUGAGGCUCAGCCCUGCCGUGCAUGCAGAGGUGCGUGCGGACACCCAGCCAAAACCCAAGCCCAGCAUGACUUUCCUGGUCCUUGGCUUCUCCAGUUUGGACAUGAGUCUCUGCGUGCUCCUCUACACACUCUCCUGUGUUUUCCUCAUGGUGGUUUUCUUCUUCUUUCGCAUGCGGUCCAAGCGCUGGAAGCUGAAGCACAGCCGUCUUUACGUGUAGCACACGGUCCAGGGGGCUGGGAGACCGGGACCCCACCCUCUCAUUUUUUUAACCAAAUGUAGCAGCUGAAGCGGAUUUCAGUAUAAGUGAGUGAGACUUGACGGGUUUUCCAGAAGCUACAGCAGGAUACCUCAUAACCCCUCCUGUAGUCACAGUUUCAGUUGACAGUCAUGGACAUUCAGCAAAUUUUUGAUUCAGAAAGACAUAAAUAUGGGAAGUGUAAAAUGAUUCAUUUUGAAGAAUAUUAUGUGAGAAUCUCAUAUUUGUGAUGAAAUUUUAAAUGGUAGUUUUUAAAUGGUAGUAAUUAUACCAUGCCCCUCAUUACAGCAUCUCCCUUUUUCGUUUCUUUUUCCGCCAGUUGCUCUAACAGUUGAACCACUACAUAACAUAAUCAUUUUGUAUAUUUUAUAUAUGUGCCAUAUGAAUUCCAAAAAUUUCUCUUGAGCCAUUAGUAGUAUGAUUAUCUAUCAAGACAUAGAUAAUCAUGGUCCACAUGCACAACAGAAUAUGUGAGGUUUAAGGAUCAGAUUGACUUGUGCUGGCUUUGAAAGCCCUUCAGUGGCUGAGAUCGGAUAGGCAUGACGGUCUUCGGUUCGCAUUACCUUACUGUUCGUCCUAAGCAUUCAAAAGUUAUAAUGUGUUAAUGGUUAAUAAUUUGAACCACUUUUCCAUAAAUGUAAUUUUAGUGUAAUUUGUUUAACCUGUAGGCAGGAUGGUGACUUGGCGGAUAGCACUUUUACCGCUCAUCUCCAGGACUGGGUUUGAAUCCCACAUCAAUUUUGUGUUUGUGGAAUUUGUAUGUUCUCCCUAUGUCACAUGAGUAUUCUCCUGCAGUCCAAAGACAGCAGUUGGUCUAGUCACUGUCUUUAUAUCGACUGUAGUGUGUGUGUGUGUGUGUGUGUGUGGUGGGUGGUGGGGCGGCGGCACCCCUUCCAGGUAUACCCCAUACCUAGUGUCCUAUCCUGACUGCGGUAGUCUCUGGGCCCCUUGUGACUCUGUCCAGGAUAAGGAAUUGAAUGAUGGAUGGAUAGAUGGAUGGAUAGUUUGUUCAACAUGUUCUUAAAAACUAUUUGCAGAUGUUAUUUAAAGCUUGCAAUGCAAAACAAAAUCUAGUUUAAGUGAACUUGAAUAUUUCUGAUCUGGCUGCCUUAUGAGUAUACUUAUUUUUAUAAGAGGACUUCUUUAUGACAAGAUAAUGAAUAUUUUGGGAAGUGUAAUUUGUAUUUAAGGUCCAGCGGUUAUUCCGGUGAUAAAAUGAAGUUUGCAAAUAUUAUCACUGCUGUUCAGCGGCCUCUGCUGCUUUGGUUAAAUCCAUCAUACUGAAGAUAUUUUUUAUAUAUAUUUUUUUUCUUGUAACCACACCUGAGUGUGUGCGCCGUCAAGAACUGUUACAGUGGUUACACUAGGUUUCUUGUAGUUUUAAUAUAAUGAUUCAAAACUGCCACCUCUGAAUAGGCCUGAUUUUGGAUCCAAUUCUAAGAGGCUGGUUUGGUUAGUGAGACAUUCUGGAAAGUUAUUUCCUUUUUUUUCAAAUGGCAUUUGCUUAUUUGUUAACAUGGCAGGACCUGUCUGAUCUCAGAUGAAACACUAGAAACAUUGCUAAGAAUUUCUGCAGGCAAAGCCAUAAGUCAGGUCUUCAGUUUUCAAUCAAGGUUCAUUUAAAUAUAGUAUUUAUUCCAUUUUUUUAAUAAGCAAAAAGGCUUUGUUUUUAUCAAUAUGUAAAUGAUUAUAGUAAGUGAAUUGAAUGUAUUUUCAUUUGAUUUGUCCUACAAUUAUUUUAAAAUUAAAGAAAAUAAUGUAUUUUAAACAUUGUCAUUCCUGAACGGCUUGGCACCUGCAUUUGGUGUGACUGCAGAGAAAUUUUAGGAUGUUUAAUUUAAGGUGCUAGUUUAAAUGUGUACCUUUUUUCUGUAGGAGGAAUGGUUUGAUUUCUGACCUUGUACUUCAAGUCAGUGCUAAGUACUACACUGGCCCCUCUUUCGCACAUGUGAAUCUUGAUUUAUUUGCAUGAAUGGGUUUAGUGUCAGCAGCACAGACCUGCCCUGCGCUCCGCUUCCAAUGGAGCUCUCAGUUCAUUUGGUUGUUUCUAAGAGGAGAAUAAAGCAGAUUCCCUCUCCUGCUGGUUGUCAGGUGGCCCUUUUUGGAGCUGCUUCAAGUUACCUGCUUUGAGUAGAAUCUUUUUUUUUUUUUUUGUAAUUUAUUUUUCACUAAAUUAAUUUCUUCAUUUCUUCCUGUACAGUUGUUUCCUAUUUCAGUGGACUUUUAGGAUUUUUGUAUAAAAUUGAUGUGUGAUUACUGUGAUUUGGAAAUUAAAACAUGCAAGAGUG